AUGCAGACUGCUUCUACAAGCAUUUGUAAAAGAAUGGGUCGCUCUCAGGAGCUCAGUGACUUCAAGUGUGGUAUCGUGAUAGGUUGCCACCUGUGCAAUAAGUCCAUCCAUGAAAUUUCCUUGUUACUAAAUAUUCCACAGUCACCUUUUAGUGGUAUUAUAACAAAGUAGAAGCAACUGGGAACAACAGCAACUCAGCUACGAAGUGAGCUUGGUCAGCGCAUGCUGAAACACACAGUGCGCAGAAGUCGCCAACUGUCUCCAGAGUCAAUAGCUAAAGACCUCCAAACUUCAUGUGGCCUUCAGAUUAGCACAACAGCAGUGCAUAGAGAGCUUCAUGGAAUGGGUUUCCACUGCCAA